CACUUCAGGUCGUCGAUACGGACAAGAUGUGGAGCUCUGUGUGGAGCUCGGCGCUGCCCCUGCUGGUCAGUCUGAGUCCUGCAGUUCUGUUCCUGCUGCAGCUUCCUGACUACACUGCCACACAGGAAGGACACUGGCAGGACUACAAAUAUGGCCACCAUGGCUCAGAGCUGCACAACAGCAAACGUUUCUGCACCUGGAAAUGUGUCCUGUUCACCCUGCAGUGGCCCGGAGCAUUCUGUCAGUCUUUGGACCAGGAGACUCUGUGCAUGAUUCCUCCGAGUGUAAACAACUGGACGAUCCACGGUCUGUGGCCUUUUAAGGUGUUUCAUUGCUGCAACUGCUGGCCAAUGUUCCAGUCUGACGUCCAGGAGCUGGAGGCAGAGCUGACUGAACACUGGCCGUCCUUACUGAAAACUAAACCCAGCUUCCACUUCUGGAGAGAGGAGUGGGAGAAACACGGUGUGUGUGCAGCAUGUGUUGAAGGAAUGAACUCUCCCAUGAGAUACUUCCAAAUCUGCCUCAAACUACGACAACAGUUUGAUAUCCACAAGAUGCUGGAGGACGCUGGUAUCACUCCAUCCUGUGAACGACCCUACAAGGUUGCAGAGGUUCAUCAGGUCCUGGCUCCUCAUCUGGGAGACAAACAUGAGAUCCAGUGUGUUACAGAUGACCAGGACCGAGAGGUGUGGUUUCAGGUGAAGAUCCCUCUGUCUCGCAACCUGACCGUCGGCUGUGAUCACCAAGGCGACGCUGAAAGGGACCCAGCGUUGGGGUCUGGCUCAGGACGGAACCGCUCCCACGGCCACCCCUGCCCUCCUCGGGUCCCUUUCUACUACUUCCCCAUCGACCACCAGCAGCCGCAGCGGCCCUGCGGCUAACAGCCACAGCAGCUCGCUGUUUAUCCUCUUCAAUGAUUGUGUGUGGGAUUAAUAGCAGUUAAUAACAGAUGUGAAUACAGAAUGUCAGACUUUAGAGUUUGUAUCUGACACCUCUGAGGAAUCAAACGUGUAACUGAACAGAUCAACAAAUAAAGAAUUAAUAUGUGAAGGAA